AUUGAUAAACACCGAGCAAGGCAUGCCUUGAUAAGCUUGCCGGUCAGAGGUUAAAUCCCUGGAGAUGACCAAGCUACUGGUGUCUAAAUUUCAAUAUUUAGAAACGGUCUAGUUUUGCUGUCAGUGAGAACUACUGCUUUCCUGCGAAGAGAAACACGUAGACGUAUGCAGUAGAUGGACUCGGUCAGUUUGAAGAAUUUGUCGACGGAGACGUUGAACUAGUCUUUCUUGAAGCCUAUAUAUCUGUGAUAUGACAUGAAUAUUUAAUACCUGAAAUAGCGGUUUACACUACGCUUGUGGCAAAUCAAACAAAUGGAACACGUACAUAGCUCACGACACCGCGUACUUCCAGCGUAAGGCUUAUAUAUUCAGAUCUUGGGGGAUCUUCGCACAAUUAACGCCGGAUUUACGCAAGCUACAACUUAGCGUCGAGGUUUUAAGUGGGAUCACAACAUAUGUCUCCAGACUACAAUGCGUAGUUAAUGGAAGAAUUGUUUUAAGGAGAGCGUGUACAAACACUUUUAGGUUAGAAUACACACGGGAUCGCGUAAGAGUGUUGAUAGAAGUUAGGCAAACACCAGGCGUAGCUGGCACGACGAGAUUCCAUCCGCAGAGCUCCGACACCGUAACUGGGACAUUUUGGAACCCGCAGCAGAGAAAAGUAAUUAGCCAGAACAGCAACCGUGGUCAAGGCUUUUUUGCAGUUGACAUCUUAAGACUUUUGUUUGUGCCUAAGCCGAGAGACAUGGGUUGUCCUCGUUGAUCAAGAGACAACUUUUGAUAAAUUGCGGAUUAGUUCAGGGGGAGAUAUUACAACUUAUCUGAGAAAAGUAUGCACAGUAAUGACAUGUUGACAAUGACAGAACAAACAGCUCUUCAUCGAGUAGGAACCAUCUUUGGGCAUCCGGGCCCUCAGGAUAUCUCAAUUAAUCCUAACCUCAAAGAUGCGGUCGUGUCUUCCACCACUAUGUCGUCUGCUAAUUUGUCAGCUGCUAGAGGUAGUGAUUUCGAUGAAAGCUUUGACGAAGAAGUAGACGAAGAGUUUACAGAUGAAGAAGAAGAAACAUUUUCGGAUGAAGAUCUGGAACGUGCAUUGAAUGCAACAGAACAAAAGAACAAUGACGCUACCCAAAAGCUUUUGAAUUUUGCUGAGAUGGUGAAUAAGGAUAUCCAAAAAUUCUUUGGACAAAAGAAAGACGUAGAGGAUGCUUGCGAUAUUUACCAAGAUAAAUGGACAUCCGGAAAAUCCGGCAGAGAGCUUUACUACGCAGAUUUACUCAAAAUAGCACAUGGGUACGAUUCCGAAGAUAACCCCAAGCCUUCCAAAAAAUCAAAACGUUCUUCAUCAAAUGACUUCGUUGAACUUCAGUCAUCCAAAGGUUCUGAGCAAGAAUUCACUGGCAAAAUGGACAAAAAGAUUGGUAUGGGACCUCUGAACGAGCUUUUUGAGUACGGAUUGCGGAAUUUCCUUACAGAUAAAAAUGUUCUAAAUUCUCAUGAAAAACUAAAACGCAUUAAAUUUGACGUCAAAAAAUUUGAACACGUUGUACCAAUGAAUGAUCGCCAGUUGCCAGAAUCAUUUUGGAAAGAACCGGGUUCAGUGCCUAAAAAUAAUAAUAAAACUGGAAAUGGAUUGUCAAACGGCCUUCUACCGGGCAGCAAAUUACCAGAUUUUGGUGAUCUAAUUGACAAUUGGAUGGGAGUAGAAGAUAGGGAAUGUGAGGCUGAAAAGUCAGAAAGAGACGAGCAAGAGCCAGUUAUAGGAUAAUAUUUACGAUAAGAUAAGUAUGAGGGCAGUACCAACGGAUUAUUUUUUUAUGUUAAUGCCAAAUUCAGCCUUAUUUUCUAUUAAAAUUUGGGACAUAUGAUAUUCUGCUUCUUAGAGGAUAGUUGACUACCUACUGGUAGCUUGUAUUGUAUCCUACUUAAGGGUCGCAUAUGAAAUUAAUUUAUCAAACUUUGUUUGUCUUUUUGUAAAGAUUUAUUUCGAAAAUCAUCCCGGCACUGGAAAUUUUGCCAUAAUCUUCCUAUUAUUCAGAUAGCCUAUGAUUUUGUUUUUUUUCUCUCAAAGGCAAAUCAUUUAAACAACUUAGAAAAAUAAUAUUCUCACGCGAAGUGAAUAUGUAAUAAGUGCAUGUAGCCGUUUACUCGGCUUAGGUCACUUGAAGGAAAAAGUCUACAUAUUCAAAGUGAAUUUUUGUAUUAGUACUAGUAUUUAGUACUAGAACAACUAUGCCGUCAAGAAAUUUGCUAUUUGAAUUAUUUCUACACAUGUCCCAUGCACGGUUCAUUCAUAUAAAUGUAUUCUAAAUAAAGUUGUUUGAAGAUAAUUUGCUCUUUAGAAAUUACGGAUAAUCGUGCCACAAAAGUGAUCUGAGCAAUUUGAAAGGAUGCACAUUUAUGUUUGGAUAUAGCAAAUAAUUAGUUUCAUAUCGCAAUAGAAUAAACUUUAAAAGGAAGUGGGUAUUGAGAGAGAGAGAGAGCGAGAGAGCACGAGAAUAUCAAUCUCCAAAAAUUGAAUAUAUACAUAUAAUAACUAGUUCCGAAACGAGAAAUUAAAACGAAUAAUUUAUCUUUUUAAAAAAGUAAUCUAGAGUGACUGCAUUGAUUUUUAAGUUAUAUACAUUCUACAUGUAGUUGAAAGCAGUCUCACAAAAUGCUGCUGCUUUUUGUGCUUUUAAGUAAUCUGGUAUUGCUACGUUUAUGAAAUGUG